CUUUGCUACUGCUCUGUCCGGGCUCUGUCUGCUCAUGUCGUCACCAAAAGUCAUUGUCCAAAUUGCGGUCGCUGGGGCGCAGAUUCUGGGCAAAGCAUUCCUUGCAGCAGGUAGACAAGCGGUACAGAACGCCAAGCACAGACCAGAAGGCGGUAUCAGCGGCGAUGUGGCUGGCGUACAGAACGCUACGUCAGGGUCCAUAACGGACAAACUGACAAGGGAUCAUCGUAUGACCCUAGAUGAAGCGCGGCUCAUUCUGAAUCUAAAAAAGGAGGAUCCAGCCGAGAGUGUUCUCCAGCACUACGAACAUCUCUUUAAAGCCAACUCUCCUCCGCCGGCGCCACCAAAACCUGCACCAGGAACACGCGCGACCCCGCCACUAGCGUAUUCACAUUAUGUCCAAUCCAAGGUUGUGCGGGCGCGGGAGCGAAUAGACGCCGAAUUGAAGGCGGCAGAGCAACCCCCGGCAUCGCCACCUCCACCAGCCUCGCCAGCAGACGCGUCAUCGACACAGUCCGGUGGCAAGCCCAGUUCAUGAUGACUAGACACGACUACUUAGAAGUACUUCACUGUAUAAUCGUUUGCUUCAUUCACCCCCAUUCAUCGGAAUCUAGCAAUCACAUGUAUAUCGCUAUAAUAAUGAGUACCUUUGGCUGGCGUCGCGU